AUGCAACACAACAUCCCCCUUCUCAGCGAGAUCACCCUGCCGGACAUAUACGAAGGCCUCGACAACGGCCUCUUUACCUCCGUAGACCUCGUCAACGCAUACCUCGCCCGCAUCCAAGAAGUUGACCACGAAUACAACUCCGUCAUCCAAACCAGCUCCAACGCGCUGAGAAUCGCCCAGAGUCUUGACGCGGAGAGGCAAAAUCGAGGCAGUCGAGGCCCUCUCCACGGCCUCCCUAUUUUACUCAAGGAUAACAUCCCCACCCUGGACUGCACGGAGACAACAUGCGGGUCCCUCGCUCUUCUGGGGUGUAAACCACCGGAUGAAGCCGUCGUUGUGACGGGACUGAGAAAAGCUGGCGCUGUCAUUCUCGGAAAGGCGAAUAUGGCGGAGUGGGCGGGAUUUCGCUCGACGAAUGGGUGUAGUGGGUGGAGUCCACGGGGUGGCCAGAUGACGGGGAUAUUCUGGCCGGGGAUGAAGUCGAGUGGGAGUAGUACGGGCAGUGCGAUUGCGACGGCGCUUGGGCUGUGUUUUGCCGCGGUAGGGACGGAGACAUGCUAUAGCAUCACCGCCCCCGCCGAGAAGUGCGGAAUCAUCGGAUUUAAACCUUCCCGCGAUGUACUCCCUUCAGAGGGUAUCAUAUACGCGUCGCAACGACAGGAUACCGUCGGCCUCUUGACUCGUACGGUGGAUGAUGCGGUGUUGAUGUGCAUGGAGCUUGUGCCUCAGUGCGGAAACCAACUUACAGAAAGACAACUGCAGAUCAUACAGCACACCCAGGCCACAGGUCCCAGCCUCGAUUUGACAGGUAUACGCAUCGGCAUUCCCCGAGGACUUCGUGAGACACAGGACAUUCCUGCGUGCAAGCAGGAAGCGUUCGAGGGCGUUAUACAAAAGCUGAAAGUUGCCGGUGCGCAGAUUGUGAAUUUCUGGAACCUCAAAGGCGCGAAGGAGUUCGAGGGUCUGUCUCAGGCGGAGAGACACAUUGUUCUCGAUACAGAUAUGAAGAUCGCUAUUAACGCAUAUCUUGGCUCCCUUACGGUAAAUCCAAAGGAUAUCAACACCCUCUAUGACCUCAUCGGAUUCCUCAAGAUCUGCCCAGAGGAAGAGUUCUCGAAGUGGAAUGUAGAAGCGCUCGAACGUGCUCAGGCCACACAUCCAAGUCACGAGCUAUACCAACGGAUGCUGAAGAGAGAUAUCUAUUUCGCUGGUGAAGGCGGUAUCAGGGGUGCUCUGGAUCGGUACAACUGUGAUGUCUUGCUGAUACCCACCCUCUCGGUCACCAUGCAAACAUUCGCCGCGAGGGCGGGGAGCCCGGUGAUGAGUGUACCGAUGGGUGUGUUUCCGGAGGAGACAGCGAUCGAGAGGGAUCCAAAGAACGGAAUGGUUACUGCUGCGCCCGGGAUUCCAUUUUCUGGUUUCGUAUUUGGACGAGUGGGUCGAGAUGAGGAUGUGCUGAAAGUUGGGUAUGUGUUUGAGCAGCUGACCAUGGUUCGUAACCAGUUGAAACCGUACUUGGAGCCACAGAAGGAGAUCGAGGACGUGAAAGAACCAACUCCAAUGGAUCCAUUAACUACGGUAUCGGAAGAAAACAUGGAAGGGACGUAA